AUGCCAUUUCUAGUAACAGCCUAUGUUCACCUUGGCAAGGGAUGCUUCGAUUUCACGUUCUGUAACAUUGACAUGGAGGGGGAUUGUGAUGUUACUUGCUCUGGUUGUCAUACAUAUCCUGUUGAUGAGGGUGUGCUUCUCAAUGGCUUCACCCAUGCUGUGAAUUUGGAGUUGAUUGCUGAACCUGAAAAGAUUAUCUACAGCUGGGAUUUUGUACGGCACCCUAUAUUUGGCAACUUAAAGACUCUGCUUCUCGAUGAGUGGUUCACGACUGUUGAUUUAGUUUGCAUUCUCCAACACUCUCCAGUUCUUGAGAUGCUCACACUUCAGCUGGGUAACACCGAGUAA